CCACGUCGAUAUGCGCUGGUGAGUGCGCAUUACGCCGUUACCGUCCUGCCUAAGCAUCACAUUAACCACGUUUAUAUAUAGAGAGAGAAAACAAAGGAUGGGAGAGAGGAGAGAGGAGAGAGGAGCCACCAGAGCUAGCGGGGAUUACUAACUUUGUUCUUUUUCUCUUUCAUGCAGAGAAUCAGAAGGAAUGAACAUGAGCUCAACACCUUUCUUUCUCUCUCUAGAAAUAUCCACACCUUUCCGUGCUUCGCUCGCUUCAAUCUGUUACUUCUCGUUGUCCGUUUGCUCUUUGAAUCUGCGAUUCACGUGAAUGAUGAUGCUGUUUUGUUCCGUUUCGGUUUCUGAUAAAGUUUAGACUCUGGAUUGAGUGUGUCGUCGUCGUCUUCUUCUUUUACCUAUUCGUACUGAUUUGAUGUGUUCGUAAUCGUACCGCCAUGGAUGAUACAGAGAGUUGCAGUAGUAGAGCGUCCGAAUCGUCGCCGACUCAGAGCCGGAAGCGGAGGCAGAAGGUUGAGGUUUAUCACGAUGUUCUUCGAAGACUGAAGGAUUCGAAUAGUGAAGAGGCGAGUCAACCAGGUUUUGAUGAUGAGCUUUGGACUCACUUCAAUCGACUUCCUGUUAGGUACGCACUGGAUAUGAAUGUAGAGAGGGCUGAAGAUGUUCUUAUGCACAAGAAAUUGUUGCAUAUUGCACAUGACCCUGCUACCAGACCUGCCAUUGAAGUCCGCCUUGUGCAGGUAAAUUAUGUUCCCUCUGUCUCUGAUGGGAAUUGUGGCGAUUCUGUUCAUUCCAGCUUUACAGAAAGAGUGGAUGCUCGAAAUUCUGAUAAUCCUGACAGGCAAAGUAUUCAUCCACCACCUGCCUUUGGGUUGUCACCAUGUCUUGAACUUGCACGCGAAGCCAACAAAUCCCAUGUUCUUCAAGAUGGAGUCAGUCCUAUGGGUGCCAAUCUGCACUUAUUUCGGCACGAAAUUACAAUUUCAACAAAUGACAAGCCAAAACUCCUGAGUCAGUUGACUUCGUUGCUUUCUGAGAUUGGGUUGAACAUUCAAGAGGCACAUGCUUUUUCCACUAUAGAUGGUUACUCCUUGGACGUUUUUGUUGUUGAUGGUUGGGCAAAUGAGGAAACUGAGCAGCUUAAAAAUGUAUUGGUAAAGGAAAUCCCAAAGGUUGAGAAGCUGUCUUGGUUGCACCGUCAAUUCUCUUCUUCUGGGGAGUUGGGGCAAAGUGGGAACAAACUUAUUUCUAACCAAGUAAGCAUACCCAAUGAUGGGAUUGAUGAUUGGGAACUUGAUGCUGAGCUGUUGAAAUUUGAACACAAAAUUGCUGCUGGAUCAUAUGGCGAGUUGUAUAAAGGUACCUUCCAUAGUCAGGAUGUGGCUAUCAAGGUCCUCAAGGCUGAGUAUAUGAAUGAGGAUGUACGAAAAGAUUUUGCUCAAGAAGUCUAUAUAUUGAGGAAAGUUCGGCACAAGAAUGUUGUGCAAUUUAUUGGUGCGUGCACGAGACCUCCAAUCCUAUGUAUCGUGACUGAAUUCAUGCCUGGUGGAAGUGUUUAUGACUACUUGCACAAACAAAAGGGCAUCUUCAAGCUCCCAGCUUUAGUCAAAGUAGCAAUUGAUGUUUCAAAAGGAAUGAACUAUUUGCACCAGAAUAAUAUAAUACACAGGGACCUUAAGGCUGCCAAUCUUUUAAUGGAUGAAAAUGAAGUUGUUAAGGUUGCUGAUUUUGGUGUUGCCAGAGUGCAAUCUCAAAAUGGAGUGAUGACUGCAGAAACUGGAACAUAUCGUUGGAUGGCUCCAGAGGUUAUUGAACACAAACCAUAUGAUCACAAGGCUGAUGUUUUCAGUUUCGGAAUUGUACUUUGGGAGCUGCUAACAGGAAAGAUUCCUCACGAAAAUUUAACCCCAUUACAAGCGGCGGUUGGCGUUGUCCAAAAGGGUUUGAGGCCUAAGAUACCGAGGGACACUCAUCCGGAGAUUGUGGAAUUGCUCGAGAGAUGUUGGCAGCAAGAUCCAUCUUUGAGACCAGAAUUUUCCGAGAUAAUAGAGAUCUUGCAGCAGAUGGCCAAGAAGGUCGCAGAAUAAGAAAAGACUGGUGAUAGGAGAAAUUUGCAUACUCCCAGAUGGGUGAACAGUAGCCACCGAAGAGAAAGAGAGUAACGAUUCUGUAUGAUGUUUUGUAUCAUUUGUUGUUUCCUUUUGUAUAAAUAUCAUUUGUUGUUUCCUUUCGCAGCCUUCUACUUUAUCAUGAAGAUAUUCUAUUUUGAUCAUGUGUAUCUUGGAUGGUGUAAUUGGGUACGAGAAGCCAAGGCUCAAAUGUCAAAAAGUAACAUAAUUUUGUUA